CUACUAAUAAAUAAAGAACCGUAAAAAAAAAUUCAUUUAUUCUCGACUAAGUAGUCCGUUAUGUCGUCUGAUCUUUGUGGAUCAAGCUUGCUUUUGUCUUUGCCUGAUGAAAUAUUUUCUGUAAUAACGAGUUCUGUCCCUCCGAGGGAUGUGUGUAGUCUUGGUCUUAGCUGUCGAGGUCUCAACUCUGUUGUGUCAUCCGACAAAGCAUGGCUUGCCCAAUGUGAUAAAUUGGGUCUAGUCCCAUUUAGCACACUAAUUGAAUGGAGAAAGGGAGUUUCUUCUUACAAGGCCCUUUGUCGGUUCUUGGUGAAUAUUCAACCAUUGAUGGGCAUUUGGGUUCACAAAAACCCUGAGGUCGGCAAUGUAGUAUAUGUUAUGCCUGGUUUUUUAUCAGUUGUUGGAUGCAGAAUAGUCCCGCAAACGAUAGGUCCUUUAGGCCUUGAAGAUGGUCCUCUUUUGUGGACGUCUGUAUUUGAAAUUUUCUGCAAAUAUGACGGCUCCACAGCAUUCCUUUUACACGGGAGGGAGCGAGGAGAAGAUUAUGUUUACCCUGGAUUUCUUAAAUCAGUUGAUAGAAAUAGUAAUAUGCUUUUGCUUGAGGUGGAGCCUCUGCAUCAACUGGAUGGAAGAAAUACGAGCUCUGAAAUUCCUUUCAGCCCAUUGGAAUCUGAUGAUGGAGAGAGGCUCCUCGAUUUUACUAGCCAAGUCCGAGAUAUUGUUCCAGAUGCAGCAAACAUGAUUUUUUUUCCUCCCAUAAGAAACGAUGAGUUUUUUUCUCAACAAGAUUUCGCAGUCUUACAUAAGAGGAGAUUGUUGCUUUUACAAAUGUAUGAGCGUACUUUGAAUCCCACCAAGUUAGGAUCAAGUGCUGCAGGUGGUGGGGAUCGAAAAAAUCAGAGUACUACACUUCAUGGAUUUCUUCAACCGGUCGGAUUGUGUUUACGAGCUGAAACUAUGGAAUCACGUCAUUAUAAAGCGUGGCCUUCUAUGUAUGAAGGUCAAUCUAUUCUCUAUAAGAUGCCUCUUGAGCCUCCCAAGGAAUAUCACGAGUAUGCUGGUUUAUGGGGAGGGACUUAUGGUUGGACUCCGAGAAGGCUAUCUAAAGAAACAUUCCGAGAGCGCCUCUUCUUGAUUAUGAUCUCUUAUGAAGUGUCCGAAGAGAAAGAAUGUAUGAUUGCUACCAAGAUAUUAGAAGGUUCAUCCUAUGCUGAGCGUCCGAAUGGCUCAACUAUGUUUACAGUGGAUAUAGAUCUACCAGCCCUGGAGUUAUUCCCGUGUGACAGUGAACCCAAUCCUAUUGAUUCCUUUGGGGGAGAAGGUAUUGUGGAUGGUAAUGGUUUCAGAUAUCCUGGUUCUAAACCUGGUUCACUUUUUGUUCUUCCGAAUGGAUUGCUUGUUUUUAUAUACAAGGAGUGGAGGAUUAUGUUGACCUUGCAAAGGCUCGACUUGGCGCAUCUUUUAAGGAGAGAUGAAAGAGUGUAUUCUCUGCCGCCAAUUUUCAACUUCGUGUAUCCAACAAGGAUGUACAUGAAUCCUUACCCUGAAACUUCAAAUUCUUGAAGCAGCUCUAUUUUCUCCAAGGUAUGCUUCUCUGAACCAUUGCUUCUUUUAUCUAUGCACUGAAUCGGAACGUGAAAAAAAAAAAUAUGAGAACUAAUUGUUGUGGAUAUAUACUAAUUUUUAUUUGGUAUGUAU